AUGCAUGCCGAGGAAUCCGAUUUGGUGGUGUCGGCAGUGCCACGGCAGCGUGGGACUCAGAUCAAUGUGAACGGGAUCCCGGCAGUGCCCCUGGGCCUGGCUCAUGGGGCCCAUCCACAUGGGAACAAGAACAAUGUCGCUACAUCGAGCAAGACGCAUCAAACGGCACUUGACACGGAAGGAUUCUCAAUUCGAGGCAGGGCCAACAAGAGCAAUAGCGAUAUUCUCGGCAACAGCUUCAUUCCUGACAAAGCCAGCACUGACCCGAUUGUCGCCUAUCCGGUACCUUUGGCAGCGAACAACCAUACAGUGCGCUCUGGCCCUCUGCCGCUAGUGGUACCGUCGUCUGGUCCAUCAACUUCACAGCAGACAUCACGUCCGACGAACCCUGAGCCAGUCCGCGUUGACCGUCUAACACUCACGCGGCCCUCGUCAGGUCCGUCAUCAUCGCGGCCAGACAAAGACGACGCGCUGUCAAUGAUCAGCGAGAGAACGACUUCGGACGGCUCUAGCGUGAGCUCUACCGCAUGCCAUGUUUGCAAAAAGGGACCUAUGUCCCGGCCUUUGUUCAAAUGCGCAACAUGCCUUCGUCAGUACCACAGCUAUUGCUCUCAAUUAGUGGUACCUGGAGAUGCCUGUGCAAAUUGGCGUUGCCAGCGGUGCAUUGACAAGAACAUCCCAUUGAGACUAAACAAGGACGUGUCAAAAUCUUCUGUGCAGCCUGCGCAGCCGUCCGCGCAUGAAGCUACGUCGCACCCCGUCGGAAAACUUGUCACUGUCAACGACACAGGGGUCACUACUUCGGCCAACCCGAUACGAGUGUCAAUAUCUUGUCCGUCUGUCGAGCAUCCCACCAUCCUCUCCGCUGUGUCAUUAACACAUCCACCGAUGGAGCCCAUAGCCAGAGACUUCGAACCACAUAUUUCCAACGACACUGCUUCAAAGGAGGUGCUCCCAAAGCCAAGCACGGGUCAGCACCGCGACAGGAAAGAUCCUGCUGACACACCUGCAUUGCCGCUGGCCGAGACACGCGUGAAUAUUGUGCCGAAAAAGAAGUUCAACACUGCGUCAAGAACAUACUCUCUAGUAACACCAGUCAGUGUUGUCAAUGGCGCAGGGGCCGUGCAAAAAGAUUCCAAUCAGGCUGCUCGGCUUUCAGCCGGCGAGCGAGAAUCAAAACCAGAGGCUUCAAAUGCUGCGAACACUGGGAACGGCUUGUUCGCUGAGACUCACGAACUCGACAACCUGGUGGACAAGAGCUUUACGGUAACAGCUUCCUCUUCAAUGGUUGAAAAAGCAUCCGUUCAGAAGAGGGCCCCGAAACUUAACCUGAUCAGAAAGAAGAUUGCUCCUGUACGUUGGAGUCCCGGGACGAGUCGAACGACGACAAAGUCAGACGGAGCGAGGGAAGUGACAAGCCGUGAGGCAAGCCACGACUCGGCAGCUCAUCGUCCACAACGGAAUGGCGUGGACGUCACGCCGGGCCAUGUGACCUUUAACACGCCCUCUCGCGAAACGAUGAAUCAGCAGCGGCAAAUCUCUGAAGCACAUCCGUCUCUCAAUAGUGAUGGCAAUUUAAGAGCACCAUCACUGGCGAUCGGGGACGGUGUUGCUGAAGCGUAUAGGCUGUCGCCAGGAACUUCAGAAGCAGCCUCUAAGUCGGCCUCCAGAAACGCAACACAGGCUGGGAAAGCGUUCGAGCGCAAGAAUUCGGAACAGCAGAUUGUCAUCUGCGAGGACUGCGGAAAGCACGCACUUCGACGUCCAGGGAGAGCUCUUUGCCUCAUGUGCAGGUCUCGAGCUGCCGCCAAGAGUGGCUCUGGUGUCAACAAUUCAAUCACAGCAUCCACAGGGCCACUGGAGCGCAGAAACAAGAUCUUGCCUAGCGCAAAGGCAGGUGAUAGGAUUGGAUCAAGCGGUCGCCAAAAUCGUCACGCCGCUCAGGAGCCAGAAAACAAUCCAAAUGGCGGUGGAACAGAUGCACGGUCGACUUCUGUCGAGGGAGAUAACGGGCUAGACUUUUGGAGACCAGCUUCCAUCGCUGCUGGAUCCUCAGGCUCGAUGUUUGAUAAUCCUCGAAACGCCAUCAUAUCUCCUCAGCUGGAACGAAACUGCUCGCCGCCUACUGACGAGAGUUAUGCUGAAUCUGCCCCGGUCAAUGGACAAGCUCGACCAGCGGCUGAAGACAAUGCACCUGCAUUUCAUACACCUGGUGUACAAGAACAGGCUGUGACAGAGCAGCAGACCAUGACAUCUCCACCAUAUGACGAUCAAGACUCAGCGGCGACUGAAGGGGACGACAUUGCGGAGAUCCUAUCCACCGCAGCCCGCAAUGAAAAGCGCAAGAGUGCAAGUCCAGACGACGUCUCGCCUUGUAAGAAGCGUAGCCAGAGGUGCAGGCCCAAAGACGAAUAUGACCUGGGGGACUGGAAGGAGCGACCCAAGAAGACAUACCAGCGACUCAUUGGCAUGGCGCUUUGCGACACACCUCAUCAUCGCAUGCAAGCUGAUCGCGUCGUCCAGUGGGUAUCACUGAAUGUACCCGGAUACAACGAUACACGGUCGGGCACGUGGGCUGAUGGGCUGAAGUCAACCCUUAUCUUAAAUUCUCAAGGCCGAUCUGGAGAAAUUCUUUGCAAGAGACUGUCCUGGGAAGAAGGCAACGGGGGUCUCAUGCACAAGGACUGGUAUCAACUCUUGCCCGGCAUCGAGGACAGAAUCGAGCAUUGGGAUCAUCAACUAAAGCGACCAAUGUUCCCUUCGAGCAGCUCCGAUAGCGAAACGUUGCAAGCUCCGGUGAACGCUCAUGACGGUGCUAACAUGCAUGUGACAUUCAAGAUAAGGCACUCCGAUGGAGAUGGAGAUGACCUUGAAAACAGCAACACAACAGAUGCGAACAUCCCGGGAGGAGAGCACUCGUUGGAAGACGAAUCCUUAGCCGCUCGACUGCGCCAAAUUGCUUCUCCGUACACGAAAACCCCUUUCUUGCUCCCUAAGGGACCGACUGAGCCAACGGACGACGUAGAAAUGGCCGAGAAUAGCGCUCUAGCACCUGAAACGCUUGUCGAGCAACGUGUCCGCGGUGCAAAUUCAGGAUCGCAGAGCUUUGCUGUGCCUAGAACCUUGCCCGAGCCACGCGGUGGAAAUCUUCUCGAGCUCAUCCGCGACGAUGUUGAGAGGCAUUCCAAGACCAACAAGACAUUCGCUGAGGCAUGGCCGGCAUGGCAUCCUGAUAUGGCCGUUGUGAGUACGGAAGAAAUCACAAAGCGACCUACGAGGAAACAGCUGUUCGGCAAGCAUCCCUCCUUUUCUGCCCUAGGAGGAAAGACCGAUCCAUUGCAUUCGAAACCAGCCAGGCAUGUUGAGCUGAAGCCUCGUAUGGUUGGGGACACGGGUGAUGGGGAUGAAGUCAACUGUCAUUCUGUGGCAGAGUUUUUUGGCAUUCCAGGCUUUGGGGAAACGGAGGUUGUGCUGCAUAAGAGUAAAUUGGCGUUUCAGCAAGCGGGCUCGAGGACGAGAACGGUGAAGUAUUGUACAAAUAUCUAA